AUGGAGUCUUUGUCACUGGAGUUAUGGCUGAAGGGGGUUCAGAAUGCAGACCUGUGCAUCAAAUGCCCCAAUGAUCAUCAUCCAAACGAAGAUCAAGAUCGAUGUAUCCCUAAGAUUACAGACUUCUUACAUUACAGAGAAACUUUGGCCAUCAUCAUGGUUUCCUUUGCUUUAUUCUUAUCCUUAAUCGCUGGGUUCAUUUUAGGAAUCUUUAUUAAAUAUUUGGAGACCCCGAUAGUCAAAGCCAAUAACCGGGACGUUUCCUACAUCAUCCUCACUUCCCUCCUGCUUUCCUUCUUGUCCACUUUUCUCUUCAUUGGGCGGCCAAGCAAAGCCACUUGCCUCCUCCGACAAACAGCCUUCAGCAUCAUCUUCUCAGUGGCUGUCUCUUCCAUCCUGGCCAAAACGAUCACGGUGGUGCUGGCUUUCCUGGCCACAAAGCCAGGGAAGAGGAUGAACAGAUGGCUUGGGAAGAGUUUUGCCAACUCCAUUAUCCUUUCUUGUUCUGCUGUCCAGAUAAUCAUUUGCUCCAUCUGGCUCAGUGUCUCUCCACCUUUUCCUGACUCUGACAUGCACUCCCAACCCAGAGAGAUCACCCUGCAAUGCAAUGAAGGCUCUGUCGCCAUGUUUUAUGUUGCCCUUGGGUACAUGGGCUUCCUGGCCGCCAUCUGCUUCACGGUGGCUUUCCUGGCCAGGAAUCUGCCUGGGGCCUUCAAUGAAGCCAAGCUGAUCACCUUCAGCAUGCUGGUCUUCUGCAGCGUUUGGCUGUCCUUUGUGCCUGCCUAUCAGAGCACCAAGGGGAAGUCCAUGCUUUCUCAGGACUGGGGUGUGAAAAUGCUGAAGAAAGGCUUACCCAAAGAAACAAAUUGGCUGGACAAAAACUAG